AGCACUAAUCCAGAAUUCGAUGUUCCGCAAGAAUUUAUGAAGGGAAUUUUUUUUAAAGAAGCUUACAAUGAUUAUAAAAGCGAAAAAUAUGAUCCAUAUAUGAGCAGUCAACUAAUUUCAAUUGGAUAUUAUAAAAAAAGCGCACAAACAUUGAAAAAGUUUAUCGCGUUUCCAAUGGGUAUUGCAGGAACAGACUUAAGCCUUAUGCCUAUAUCAGAACCAUACGAUGAGUCAUAUGAUAAAGAGCUUCGAGGUUCAGAAUAUUAUAUUGGACAACAUGAACUUAACUUAUCAGCCAUGACUACGUUAAAAUUUAAAACCCCAGUUAGACAAAUUACAUCAUCUAUUUCAGAGAGGUGGGAUUUUAUGUUCCCUAAUCCUAAUGAUGUUACACCUUCUGUUCGUACAGCAAUCGGAACAACAUUCUUCCAUGCUAUGAGUACUGAAUCGGAUUGUUCAUUUAGCACUGCUCAAGGGCUAAUUAAGCCAGUUGCGUUAGAUACGGUGUUAAAUCAUAGUACUAGGACUAGUUUUGAACAUACGCAUGUUUCUUUUAAUCCUAAGUUAUAUGGUGAAGCUGCAAUUGUAGAUUGUGGCGAAGACAUGCAAAUUGCCGAAAUGCCGACAUCAGUGGCGAGUUUACAAUUCAUCGCAGACCAAGAUGUCGGAACAAAUCCUGAAAUGCAACUUAAAUAUGUUACUAAAGAUUUUAAAUUACUUCCCGAUGAUGAGGCGCCAACAGUUCUUGAAAUUGGAACUAUGUUUCUAUCAUGGGAGCAUGUAGAAAUAUAUUUUGAAAAGUAUUGUCGGGAAAUGGGAUUUUGUUAUCGCCAAAAAUCAAUAACAACAGACAUAGUUGGAUCAGUGCGCACGAUAAGUUAUGCUUGUACGGAGGGCGCGAUUUAUGAACGUUCGAAGCGUCUUAGAAAAAUUGUACCAUGCAGAUGGAAAAUUACUCUUGAUAAAGCAAAGACCGAUAGUAACAUAUAUGUAACGAAAUUUAGCAACAAACAUAAUCACAAAACGUUUUCCCCUAUAUUUCGUUCAAAUCCGGCCAAGGAAACUGUUUUGUCUAAUGACUAUAAGUUUGAUGUUCACCAAAUUUUUUCACCAAUGGCCCAGGACGAUGAUAUUUCGGCAUGGGAGAGUUUUUUUCGCAAAAAACUUGAUAUGGUUGAUAAUUUUGGGCACCCGAUGACAAUGUAUCCUUUAUUUUGA